GUUUCAGAUUGCGAGCAGGGCUCCUGGGAAUCGGGCCUCUCCUACGAGUGCCGCUCACUGCUCUUCAAGGCGCUGCACAAUCUCAUCGAGCGCUGCCUGCUGUCGCGCGACUUCGUCCGCCUGGGCAGGUGGUUCGUGCAGCCAUGCGAGGGCGGCCGACGGACGGGCGGCUCGGGCGGCGGCUUCGAGGCGACGGGCAACUCGCACCUUAGCUUCUCGUUCGCGUUCUUCGUGCACGGCGAGAGCUCGGUGUGCGCUUCGGUGGACGUGCGGCAGCAUCCGCCCGUAAGGAGGUUGGGCAGGGUGCGGGGGCAGCACGCACAGGCCUCCACGCAGGGACUAAAAGUCAUCCUCGCCCCGUUCGGUCUCGCCGGCACCCUCACCGGCCACACCUACAAGUCGCCCGAGGCCACCGCCCGCCUACUCGACGACUGGAGCCACUUUUACCCGGUGGACAAGUCCCUCGGCCUCGGCGAUGGCAGCGCCGUCGAGGUGGUGGUGGGCGGAGUGAAGAUGCGCUAUCCCUCCUGCUACGUCAUGCUGUCCGACACGGACGACGCGAGCAACGCGGCGCUGCUCCACGGCGAAGGCGAGAGGGGGUGCGGGCAGGGGGAGAAGCGCGGGGAGGUGGUGGAGGUGCAGACGCCGCCGCCCAGUCCGGUGAGGGUGAAUGGGCGGGUGGCGCAGCCUGGACCGCAUACGAUAUCUGUAGAACACUUCAAUUCCAUGUCAAGAGAACAAACUGCUGCUACCGUUUUACCUGAGCGAACUUGGCAAGAAUGUAUUUUGAACACACCCACUGCAAGCCAACAACAAGACAAAGAAUUCAAUGGUAAUUGGGAUUUUGUGGAGCCUACCAGGCGGACUACAUGUACCUGUUCAAAAUGCACCGGCUCGUACACCCCCCAAGGCGGCCCGCCCUCCUACCCGCGCACCCAGGAAUCCACGGCCGUGCCGUCGGUGGGAUCGCCGCCCUCGGUGGCGCCCUCGCCGCUGCCCAACCCGCCCUCGCAACCAGCCUCCGUGCCGCCAGCCAUGCCCGCCCUCUCGCCCCACCUCAACCACCACGCGGACUACCGCUCGCCCGACGACAAGGGCGGUGGUAGGACGCCGGAGGUGGGCGGGCAGCCCAAGAGCGUGGAUAGCGGCGGCGGGGCGGAUCACAGUCCGGGCGGGUCGGGCGAGAGUAAGGGCGAUAGGGAGAGAGGGGGCGGAGCGGUGAGUGCGCCGGCGCUGAAGAGGCCGACGUUGAGCAGCAAAGAGUACGAGGUUGCCUUGGGAGAGGAAGAACAAACCCUGGAAAUGCUCUACGACUACUCCACCAUGGACGCUUGGCUCAACCAUCCUGUGAAAAAGUUCAAACCCGACGGCAAAGAAAACCACCGAUUGAACAGGAUAGGGAAGACCGACAUCUAUUCUCUGUACGACAAAAAUUCCAAUGUCAACCAGAACAUCGAAGCAACCAACAACAACAAAAUGCAACCGCAAGUGAACAUCAAGCAAGAGAUCAAAUUGGAACCUGGACUGAUGCCGGAAAACACCGCGGCGAUGCCGAACUCGCACCCGCACGGUGUCAAAAGGCCCGGCGACCCUUACGAGUUCGAGGAGGACGGCAACGCCGCCAACUGCCACAUGGACGGCUUCAAGCGCGGCCAGGUGGCGGUGAAGGAGGAGAACAAGGACGUGAAGAAGCUGAUGACGGACAACCUGUUCACCAGCGAGGGGCUGCAGCCCUCCAUCAAGGACCUGGACCAGAUCUUCGACAGUUCCGAUUAUGCCAGUAGCGAUGAGGCGAUGCAAAUCCAAACGCCGCCCGGUUCCACCGCCCCCCACCCCCACCACCACCAUCACGAUCCGGAGGGCGGUGGCAAACGGCUGUCGGGCUCGCAUGGCGGCGGCUGCCCGAACGUCGGCAUCCUCAGGCCGGAGGAGCUGAGCAAGAUGUUUCCGACGCCGCCCAGUCUCGAGCACAAUCCGAUCGCGUCGCCGUGCGGGCAGCUCGACCUGCCCGUGCCGCCCGAGUACGGGGAGGUGGCGGUCGGGGUGGGGCGAAUCAAGCAGGAGGUGUAUCCGAACAUGGGCAGCCCGCAGGAGGAGAAUAUCGAGGACUGGAGCUACGUCUACAAGCCGCCCGUGUUCGGCAAGCUGGUAGGCAGCAGCAAGUACGCCCCCCUCACGAACCUGCCCAGCCAGAACCUGCCGCCCAUCGCGCUGCCCCCCAACUGCACCUACAAGCCGUCGUGGAUGCAACACAUCGAGAAACAACCGACCGCGCAGAGUGGUAGCGGGGGCGUGACCAACACGCCGUCGACCAAUCAGAUCGCUGUGGCGUCGCAGCCGGUCGCGUCGAUGGGCAACAGUCGAGACGUGGGCGGGCUGUUUCCGCCCAGUCCGUUGCACGCCGGGUUCAGGCCGCCCCCGCCGCCCUACGAGAUGGCCAGUCCGGCCACGUCGACGCACAGCUCGUAUAUGAAUAAGAACUUGAAUUCGGUCGAGCCAGUAACCACUCCAAGCAUCCAGCGCACCCCUGAAGCUUCCAGUCUCCUUCUCAACAUCUUGCUUACCGACACCCUCUUCAAUAUCUUCCGAGACCACAAUUUCGACAGCUGUACGCUUUGCGUAUGCGACGCUGCUGGCAAGGUCGUGGGCAACAUCAAAGGCGCCGACGCCGGCAUCUACCUCGUCAACUCGACGGCGGCAGGCGAGCGGGGCGGCCCCCACCACCACCAUCACCAGCACGGGGGGCGGCCGGGCAGCCCGUACGGGGGCGGCAUGGAGGAACACCACGGCGGCGGCGGCGAAGAGGACUCGAUCAGGUGCAGCUGCGGGUUUUCUGCCGUAGUGAACAGGCGGUUGGCGUACGGCAGCGGGUUGUUUUACGAGGACGAGAUGGAGAUUACGGGCAUAGCCGAAGACCCCGGCGAAAAGAAGAAACCCUCCCUCGUCGCCUUCCUCAUGUCCCUCAACAACCCCCCCGCCUCUUCGACGGCCAAACCCCCCGACCCCACCACCGCCGCCGCGAACCUCUCGGGCGCCGAUCGAGACCAGAUCGACGCUUUGCCCCACCACCUGCUCGACCUGCUGCGCGAGCAGCUCGUCUUCGUGCCGAACGCGACCAACUCGCUGUGCCGGGCAGCGAGGCGCGCCCGAGCCAAGAUCGGCUCGAACGGCGACGAGAUGCACGUGCUGGACUACUCGGACGGCAACGAGGUGACCGGAGUGGCGUUGGAGCAGAGCAGUAGAAGCGACAUCUUGGGCCUAUGCAAGAUGGAGGACGUCAAACAUUCAUCGAAAAGUUCCCACUCGUUCGCCAUGCACAGGUGGCCUUUCUUGCGAGCUCGCGGCCCUCAAUGCAACCAGGACAUCGUAAGGGUGAUGAAGAGUUUGCAGCCGCUGCUGCAGGAGGCCAUCCAGAAGAAGUGCCAGACCAGGCUGUGGGAGGCUCCGUCUGCUGUUAAGGGGCCGCUCACUUGGAGGCAGUUCCAUAGGUUGGCAGGACGAGGCACCGACGACCGCUGCGAACCGCAACCCAUCCCCUCCGUCAUCGUCGGCCACGACAAGGACUGGCUCUCUCUCUCUCCCUACGCCCUCCAGCACUGGGAAACCCUCCUGCUCGAACCCUACUCCUACGCCCGAGACGUCGCCUACAUCGUGGUGGCGCCCGACAGCGAGGCGGUGUUGCCGCGCGUGCGCACCUUCUUCCGCGAGCUGUCCGCCGCGUACGAGACGUGCAAGCUGGGCAGGCACAGCCCCAUCACGAAGGUGCUCAGAGACGGGAUACUGAGGGUGGGGGAGACGGCGAGGAUGGCCAUAGGGGCGGAGCCGGUGGAGGAGUGGUUCGGGUGGCUGGGCGAGGGCGAGACGAGCGAUAUGCUGAAGUUGUACGCUCAGGUUUGCAAACAUCGCUUGGCGCCCCACCUCCAAAAAGUUCCUAUGGACAAGACGCUGUUGGAUCCUCCUCAAGACAAUAACGACCAACAACCUGCUCCCAGUCCCAUGCCGCCACCUAGUACGCCUGAUAAUUCUGGAUGUUCGUCCGGUUCCAGCUCCGACAAGGGUUCCAUCACUCCUAAAAGCGAUCCAGAUGGCGAUGGAAUGAAAGACUCUUCUCCCAUAAGCAACGUCACGGAAAGCUUGCACGACGACGACGAAAGAGAAGCUCCCUCUGUAGUGAUUUAUCUAGUGGAACCGUUCACCUUAGGCUCAGACCAACCCGAGCUUCAACGGUUAGCGUGCCUGGCUCUCUUGAGGUGUUACCAAUCCAUGCUGACGGCAGUACCUGAGAAUAUCCGAAAUAACAUCAGUGUCCAGAUCAUAUCAUUAGAAAGUAUAGUGGAACUGAAUAAAGCUAGGGACACAAUGCGACACAGCGACCAUAUGAGGGCACUCGCUCUGAAUAUUUUCUCGCAGUGUAGGAGGCUAUUGGUGCAUACGAACAACGUUAAGUCUCUUACCGGCUUUGGCACUGCGGCGAUGGCCGAUCAUUUCCUCAAGAGCAAAGAUGAAAAGAACCGCGCCCCCUACAAACUCUUCACCCCACCCUACAUCCUGGCGCCGAUGCGCGGCAAAGUGGAGGGCGUCGAGGCGUUCGGCAAGGGCGCUCAGGAUCAGGCGUCCGUCCUCUACCUGAGCUACUGCCUCUCGGAGGACCAGAGCUGGCUGCUGGCCGUGGCGGUGGACGAACGCGGGGAGAUCUUCGAGACGGUGACCGUCAACGUGGACAUACCGAACAGGAGCAGAAGGAGGAGGGCGUCGGCGAGGAGGGUGGGUUUGGAGAAGCUGAUGAACUUCAUUGUGGGCGUGAUGUCGCAGAACGUGCGGCCUUGGAGGCUGGUGGUGGGCAGACUGGGCAGGAUCGGCCACGGCGAGCUGAAAGGCUGGAGCUGGCUGCUCAGCAGGAAGAACCUCCUGAAGUUAUCCAAACACCUGAAGGAGAUCUGCGACCAGUGCUCGAUGAUGUACCCGAGCGCCGUGCCGUGCAUUCUCAGCGCCUGCUUGGUCAGUCUCGAGCCGGAUUCGGUGUUGCGGCUGAUGCCUGACAGGUUCACGCCCGACGAGCGGUUCAGCCAGGCGUCGGUGAAUUCGCAGCUGUCGACGCCGCAGGACGUCAGUUGCACGCACAUUCUGGUGUUCCCGACCAGCGCGACGACGCAGUCCUCGCAGACCGCCUUCCAGGAGCAGCACAUCACCGCCGACCUCGGCGACGACGAGCUCUUCAGCUCCUUCGACGAGGACAUGCCCGAGGGCAUCGACGGCAUGAACGACUUCAACGACAUCUUCAACUGGACGGAGAUCGUGCCGGGCGGCGGGCAGAGUCCGGCGGGCAGCCCGCGGCGCGGCGAGGAGUCGGGCGGCGCGAGUCCGGGUGGCGGGCGGCUCACGGGCGGGGAGGGCGCGCCAGCGCAGGGCGGCGCCGCGGCCAAGGGGGCGGAGCCUACCGAGGAGGUGGGCGUGGUGCUGCAGCAGCCGCUCGCGCUGGGCUAUCUGGUGUCGACUGCGCCGACGGGGAAGAUGCCGCGCUGGUUCUGGUCGUCGUGUCCGCAUCUAGAAGGCGUGUGUCCGGCUUUCUUGAAGAACGCGUUGCACCUGCACAGUCCCAACGUGCAGCAGAGCUCGGACGAUCUGUUCCAGCAGUCGCAGGUGACGUCGCAUCCGCUCGAUUCGCAGUACACGACGGACGUUUUGAGGUAUGUCCUCGAAGGUUACAAUGCCUUAUCGUGGCUAGCCCUGGAUUCCAACACGAGAGACCGUCUAUCAUGCUUACCAGUACAUAUGCAAGUUUUAGUCCAAUUAUACAAUACGGCGGCCGCUCUUCUAUAA